CGCGGAACGUAAACCGAAAGAACGGCUGGGCGAAAGUCGAGGGCGAGAAACUGGGGGAAACUUAUAUAACCCUCCGAUCUCCCAUCUACCCACCGACAAAGUCACAGCCCUCUCAUAGAACGAGACACUUUUGAGGCAUUCUACCAAACCCGAUAUCCUUCAAUAUGGUCUACACUAUCAUCGUCCACAUGCAGGCCAAGCCCGACUGCGUCGAGAAGCUCAAGAACAAGUUGAUCGAGGCUUCUCAGGUCUACCGAAAGGACAAGGAGACCAUCGACUGGCACGUCAUGCAGGAUCCCAAGGAUGAGACCAAGUUCGGAAUCGUCGAGCGAUACGAGCAAGAAUCUUCUCAGAAGUACCACCUGGAGAACCCGUACUGGAAGACCUUUGACCCUUAUGUCAUCCCCCUGUUGGCCAAGCCCAUGGACCUCUCGCGGUUCGAGGAGAUGUAAAUCGAUUUCCGCUCAAAAUUGAGAAAACGGUGGGCGUCUUCGGGAAGAAAUAGAAGGUAGGAGAAAAGUUGAGGAUAGCGAGGCAGAUAGAUCGAAAUACGCAGCAGUAUGAUAGGAGUUGUGGCAUCGACAUUACAACACAUGUAGCAUAGACAUAGGCGUUUCGGCAUGAAUCGCAGUGAUCAGCAUCAACAUUGCGGCGA